AGAAUGGGUCAUUUCUUCCUUUCUUGAAUUUAAGAAAGAGGCCGAAGGGAAAGAGCUUUGUUUGAAUUACUAUCUAGAAAAUGGCUGUAUCUAUGAUGUACUCAAUCGUGCCAAGGAGGGUUCUUUCCACUGUUUACACCGGCGAAUUCACUAUCCACUCUUUGGGAAAACUACCCUCACUAACAAUUUCACCCCAUCCGCGCCCCUGCUCUCGAUGUUAUUGCCGGAGUUUCGCCGCGACUGCUUCGCCGGCCGGCGUUUCAUCUUGUGUAGCCGAGAGAGAGAGGCAGGUUAUCAGCAGCACGGAGCUCGUGGCCAUGGAGUACGCCGAACUCAAUCUCACUGAUAAGUUCUGCGAGGAAUUGGGGCGCCUCAGAAUAAGGCAGCAUGUUAAUCCUCUGCGCUCUUCGCUCUUGGUUCCUGCAGAAGUGCCAAACUGGAAUGAGGUAUAUAAGGACACAUCGCUGCCACUGAUGGUGGAUAUAGGAAGUGGUAGCGGCAGAUUUCUUAUGUACCUUGCUAAAAGAGAUCCUGAAUCCAAAAACUAUCUGGGACUGGAAAUUCGUCCGAAAUUGGUUACACGUGCUAUGUAUUGGGUAAACGAGCUGGGUCUGAGAAAUAUACACUUCCUGUUUGCAAAUGCGACGAUUUCCUUUGAGAGAAUUGUAUCUACAUACCCUGGACCCUUGGUGUUAGUUUCUAUCUUGUGCCCUGAUCCUCAUUUCAAGAAAAAGCAUCAUAAGAGAAGAGUUGUGCAAAAGCCAUUGGUUCAAUCCAUAGUUGAUCGUUUAGCGCGAGGUGGACAGGUCUUCAUACAAUCUGACGUGCUUGAGGUGGCUCUCGACAUGAGAGAUUACUUUGACACUAUGUCCAAUGAGCUUAUACACAUCGACAACAUAAACCCUAAUGUUCUUUGCGACAGUAAUGGAUGGGUAUUAAAGAACCCUAUGGGGAUAAGAACUGAAAGGGAGAUCCACGCAGAGUUUGAAGGCUCCAGCAUUUACAGAAGGGUAUACGAAAAAGUUCAACGUUAAUUUUGCAACGGGAGCAUGUAGGGAUCUUGGUUCGAUCUGCAGUAUCGCAAUCCUACACGUGAUUCUGGGAAUCGCUUGGUUUCUCGUUUUGUGGCUGUUAGCACUCACACCGCACUUGAUGGAUGGCACUGUAACUUCUGAUGUGAGUGAUUUUGGGGUAAUUUUACUGUUUGCCUGGAGAGUGAAGAGCAUGUAAAGUUUGAUCCUUGUGUGAGUUAGAGAAAAGUUGCAGCUUGUUAGUUGUUGCAUGUAUCAAUGGAUGAUUUUGCAAUCCAUGAAUGAAGGUCAAUUUUGCUGUCGAGA